AUGAGGCUCCUGGCCUGCUGCUACAAUGAUCCGGAGAUGCAGAUCGAUCCGGACACCGUCUACCCCAUCCGCCCCGACUGCCGCGACGACGCCCCCAAGACGCGCUUCAAGCCCCGGCCUGGCCUGACCCUCAGUCCAAGGAGAUGGAAGCUUCUCCACAAUGAGGAAGGUGUUCUGGACAUAGCUGGAAUGAUCAAAAGAGUGCAACAUGGGAAGUUCAGCACUGUUUUAUGUGGCUCACGUACUAUUGAAGUCUAUUUACACAUCAUAUCCAAAGAUGAGGAAUAUACUGAUUUUCUUAUUUUGAUAGAAGAUGGUCAACCUAUCGAAAAUCCUAACUCCAAUGGAGGGGCAGCAGGUUCUGAACAGCAAAACAAUGGCGCACCACUCCCAAAAGAAGUUAUUGAUUGGAAGCUUACUCUACACCAGAUUGGUCCUGAUGUUAACCGUACUGAUCGUGCACUUGUUUAUUAUGAGAGACAAGAGAAUUUGGCAAGGUUGUGGGACAUUCUUGCAGUGUAUUCAUGGAUUGAUAAAGACAUAGGUUAUUGUCAGGGAAUGAGUGAUCUUUGUUCACCAAUAUCAAUCAUUCUGGAACAUGAAGCAGAUGCUUUUUGGUGCUUUGAGCGUCUAAUGCGCAGGGUGCUCAUGUGGUCUAUGGAGUACAAUCCAAAUCUCUUUUCGAUGUUGGAGAGUGGCACUGGCACAUCCAGCGCAAACACAAAGGAUGAAAGUGUUCUAGGACAGUGUGGAAAGUUUGAGCGGAAAACAUUGCAAGCAGCUAAGAAAGAUGACCAGAUCCCUCUAUCUGUCUUUGUUGUUGCUAGUGUUAUAGAGGCUAGAAACAAGAAGUUACUGGGUGAGGCAAAAGGUCUAGACGAUGUUGUCAAGAUUUUAAACGAAAUCACUGGUAGUCUGGAUGCAAAAAAGGCAUGCAAAGGAGCAUUGCAGAUUCAUGAGAAGUACCUUAACACGGGCACCGCGGGCGGGCAGCCGCCUGUGGAACCUGCUAAGAUGAAGGGCCUUCUCAAGGGUCUCCGAUACAUCUCGCAGAUUUUCGAUGCGAAGGAGCCAGAGAUGCAGAUCGGGAAGCCGACGGACGUGAAGCACGUCGCGCACAUCGGCUGGGACAACGCCUCCGUCACCGCGCCUAGCUGGAUGAACGAAUUCAAGGCUUCGCCGGGGACGGCGAGAGGCGGCGAUUCUGAGCCUUCGCAGCCCGGGGGAUCGGGAGGAUGCGUAGAGGAGCAGACCGGAGGAGGAGGAGGAGGAGAAGACGCUGGCGGCAAGGCGGAGCGGCCGCGGCGGACGAGGGGAAACAAGGGGUCGGGUGGCAACGAGCCGGCGAAGCGGCGGGACUGCGCGGCCGAGGGGUCGCGGCGCGACCGGCGGGCUGCGAAGGCGGUGGACACGGCGGAGGGCGCCGAGGGGGACGCUGCGGCGGCGCCAAAGCAGCGGCGGAGGAAGCCCCGGGCGGCGUCGGGGGGCAGGUCCAAGUCGUCGUCGGGAGGCGCCGCCGCCUCGGACUCGGAGGCGGCGCGGCCGGCGGGGGCGCCGAUGGAGGCCGAGGACGAUCGCGACGGCUGCUGA